GGCGUCCAUUGGUGGAGUCAGUAUUGAGGCAUCAGCUGUGUUGACACCACCUGUAGCGUCAGCUGGUUGAUAUCCCACCAUCCAGGCAGACAUUUCCAGUUUUGUGCUUCCUCUCAGGGGCUUCCAGGCACCUAGAGCAUAGAGGGCGUGUUGUGAGGAACCUACUGGAGGCUCCAUUCAGGUGGUGGAAGGUUAUGAUCCAGUGAGGGAGAUAUCACAUCACAGUUAAAUACUACUACUGCUAUUACUACUACUACUACUUCUACUAUUACUUCUACUACUACUACUACUACGUACCAACAGUUACCACUACCAAAAACAUAACUGACUCCAACUACCAUCUCCCACCACAACCACCACUUAUCCACAACCACCAGCUAUUACUACCAUCUUCCCCAAUGGGAGAUUUAACUACGGACUCCGCCCCUAUGGGUACCCAACCAGACUACAGUUUCCGGGAGAACCCAAGACCAAAUUUGAACCAGCGACAGGUGACCCCCCCUUCCCACCCACAGCCGGUGCGAGUGUUCAACAUCACUGGGAGCACAGGUGUCCACAUCGGUUCUGUCAUCCACACCUCGAUGCCUCAACCACGACCCAGAGUACCUCCCCAGGACAUGCCCUUGCAGAAAGAUGUCGACGCCCUGAGGAGGUGUAGUCGAGAGAUUGAUGACCGCGACAAAUUCGUGGUAAGCGAGCACCUGGGUAGCGCGUGGAAGUCUCUGGGGCGCGCGAUGGGCUUUUCCCCUGGACAGCUGGACAACCUGGAAGCCGAUCACCCCCGCAGCGCCAACCAAGCCUACGAACUCCUUGCAUCCUGGCAUGACAGGGAGGCUCAACAUGCCACCGUAUCCAGGCUGACAGAACUCCUCCUCGCCGUCAGGGCUUAUCCUGUUGUCAAGAGGCUCAAACCUUAAAAGAGUAGAUCACACGCUGUCAAGAACCCACUCAAGUUGUCCUGAAACUGUGCGAUGCUUCGAGAAAGUUGUUGCAGAUGUUAGGUUGUAAGGUUAUACCCAUUGAAAGCUGUUUAUGUUCAAGUGACUUCACGAUGAUAUGUCAAUAAUCACAAUCACAAGUUCUCAAGAUCCAUAAGACGUAUUGUGUAUAUAGAUAGUAUUUUAAAGUAUGUUCAGUUAUGACUGAAAUGCCUGAGAACUUGGCAUUCGUGAGAUUUUCAAAGACAGGACUAAGACAUUGAUCGAAAGCCUCGCCGCUUCUGUCAUGUCAUCCAGAGGAAAAAUAUAGAAACAAUAUAUUAGAAAAUGUUAUGAAGUACAAGAAUCUUAUUUGAAUUUA